AUGAUUGCUCAAAUGGCCAUUUUGGAUAUCCUACUAUACCGUUUGGCGGUGUUGUUGCUGUUCACGCAGCAUUGCCACGCAAAGACCGUGAAUUUGGAUUUUAAUGUCACCUGGGUCAACGCAAACCCAGAUGGUCUUCAUGAACGCAAGGUGGUCGGAAUCAAUGGCCAAUGGCCGCUACCGAUCAUCGAGGUUGACAAGGGUGACAGACUCAUUGUGAACAUGUACAACGGGCUUGGGGACAAGGACACUUCUAUCCACUGGCAUGGCAUGUUUCAAAAUGGUACCAACGACAUGGACGGAGCUUCGAUGGUUACCCAAUGUCCGAUUUCCCCUGGCUCGUCAAUGACCUACAAUUUCACUAUUCCUCAAAACGGUACCUAUUGGUAUCAUUGUCAUACCGAUGCGUGCUACCCAGACGGCUAUCGUCAAGCUCUGAUCGUGCAUGAUAAUCAGUCAUACUUCAAUGAUAUGUAUGAUGAGGAAUACACACUCACCAUGAGUGAUUGGUAUCAUACGCUUGUUGAGGAUAUCCCGUUCAUCCGAGUUGAGAACCCGACUGGCGCGGAACCCGUUCCAGAUUCGUUCCUGUUCAACGACACUGUGUCGAAGACAAAUAUUCCUGUCGAGCCCGGCAAGACAUAUAUGCUGCGGCUCAUCAAUAUUGGUGCUUUUGUUGCCCAGUAUUUCUAUAUCGAGGACCACACCUUCCGCAUCGUCGAAAUUGAUGGAGUGUAUGUGGAUGCCCAAGAAGCAGAUGUACUUUACAUCUCUGUGGCGCAACGUUAUUCCAUUCUCGUCACGAUGAAAAACUCUACAGAGAAGAAUUAUCCUAUUGUCAUGGUGGCCGACUCAGAAUUGUUGGAUGUUAUCUCGCCAUCGUUACAGCUCAAUCAGACAAACUGGCUUGAAUAUAACAGUGCUGCCCCCCAUCCCCAGGCGAAAAUAACGGUCGACACUGCGUCUGAUCUUGUUCCAUACGACGACAUGAAGCUUGUCCCUCACGACCGGAUGGAACUUCUUCCAGAACCCGAUAUGGUCAUUGCGGUCGACGUCAUUAUGGAUAAUCUGAAUGACGGCGCGGGCUAUGCAUUCUUCAACAACAUCUCUUACACAAUGCCCAAAGUCCCAACACUAUAUUCAGUGCUGACUGCCGGGGAGGAGUAUGCAACAAACGAAAAAGUUUACGGAGAAUUCACCUCCUCCCACGUUCUUGAGCAUAACGCGGUCGUUGAAAUUAUCAUCAAUAAUCAAGAUACUGGGUCUCAUCCCUUCCAUCUACACGGCCACAAUUUCCAACUUGUCAGUCGUUCGCCUUCGUACGGGGCCUCCUUCUAUGACCUGGUGGACGGCGAUCCGGUUCCUUAUGAUGCUUCAGAGCAACCCUCAAGUGGCUUCCCGAAAUUUCCAGCGCGUCGAGAUACCGUUGUCGCACCACCACAGGGAAAUAUGGUACUUCGCUUCGUCGCUGACAACCCUGGUGUCUGGCUCUUCCAUUGCCACAUCGACUGGCACAUGUCUCAGGGGUUAGCAAUGACAUUUGUUGAGGCACCGCAGCAGAUAAAAGCAGGUCUGUCACUGACAGAUAGUGAUAUCAGCAUAUGCAAAGCUGGGAACAGAUCUUACGAAGGAAAUGCUGCCGCUAACACGGAGGACUGGCUUGAUUUGAGCAAUCAAAAUAGACAGCUUCCAUGGUUGCCUGCCGGGUUUACGCCGAGGGGUAUAGUUGCAAUGGUUUUCUCAUGUGUGUCAGCAUUCCUCGGAAUGGCGUUCAUCGCAUUCUAUGGCAUGUCGGGAAUAGGAGUUCAGAAGCAAGAGACUGCUGUGGUUUCAGAGAGUGAGACUAGAUGA